AUGGAGUCGCACCAACUCAAGCAUCGCGCUGUCUCCGCAAACGAAGAGUUCCACAGCCAUGAUCGCGAUGUCACCGAUCUGGCGCGACUGGGGAAGAAAUCAGUCCUGAAGCGAACAUUCGGCAUCCUAUCCACACUCGGGUUCAGCUGCACAAUUCUUGCGACAUGGGAGGGAUUGUUCAAUGGCGGUCCAGGAGGCGCAGUCUACGCCUUUAUUUUCGCGUGGACAGGAACCGCAUGCUGCUUUGUGGUAAUAUCUGAAUUGGCCUCAAUGGCACCGACUUCUGGAGGCCAAUACCAUUGGUGCGCAAUGCUUGCUCCGCCGCAUCUCAUGAAGUUCCUGAGUUACAUGACUGGAUGGGUUACCGUCAUCGGGUGGCAGGCCGCAUUUGCCUCGGCCUCGUUUCUUGCAGGGACUCAGAUCCAAGGCGCCGUCCGUCUCGGUCACGAACUUUACCAGGCGAAGCCCUGGCAUGGAACCCUUAUCAUGUGGGCGGCAGUCCUGCUGGCGUUGGGAAUCAACGUGGUCGGAGGCAAGUUGCUCCCCCGGCUUGAGACGGUCAUCCUGGUGGUUCAUCUGUUGGGCUUCUUUGCCAUUCUCAUCCCGAUGACCUACAUGGCCGACCAUAAGUCCUCGCACGACGUAUUCCUCGAAUUUGUCAACAGUGGCGGAUUUCCCACUCAGGGUCUCUCAUGGUUUGUUGGAAUGACAGGUUGCGUUUUCGCCUUUGCUGGUGGCGAUGCUGCGGUGCACAUGGCCGAGGAGGUGCGCAAUGCAUCUGUGGCAAUCCCGAGGGCUAUUCUCCUGUCGGUUCUCAUUAAUGGAGCGCUCGGAUUCAGCAUGUUGAUUGCGGUACUGUUCUGUCUGGGUGAUCUCGACGCUGCCCUGGCAACUCCCACUGGAUAUCCGUAUAUGGAGAUUUUCCGCCAGGCUACCGAUUCACUUGCGGGUGCCCUGGGAAUGACCUCGAUUUUAUUGAUUAUUGGCGUCUGCUCGGUGAUUGGAAUGCUCGCCGCAACAUCUCGUCAGUUCUGGUCUUUUGCGCGUGACCGGGCUGUGCCUGGAUGGCGCAUCUGGAGCAAGGUCUCCCCUAUCAAUUGCCUCCCCACGUACUCCAUCCUGCUCACAAUGACCGUAUGCUGUCUACUCGGCCUCAUCAACAUCGGCUCCAGCGUCGCCCUCAACGCCGUCGUCUCCAUGGCCGUUUCUGGUCUCUAUCUCUCCUACCUCAUGGUCGGAAGUCUUCUUCUCUACCGGCGAUGCACGGGCGCCAUCUCGCAAUACGACCAUGGAGAAGACGGGGUCAUCAAUGUUCCCGGUGCCAAGUUGGCCUGGGGCCCGUUCCAUGUGCCGGGGAUUUGGGGCACUGCGGUCAACACCUACGCGGUGAUUUACAUGGUGAUCGUCGUGUUCUUCAGUUUCUGGCCUUCUCAGAUGUCAGUCAACAAAACGACGAUGAACUUUAGUGUGGUUGGUACUGUGGGGACUAUUCUGCUGGCACUUUUGUACUAUGUGCUGCGGGCGAGGAAGGUGUAUACGGGGCCUGUCAUGGAGGUUUCGAUCUGA